AUGGCUAAUGAGGACGACAUACCUAAGGGUGAACGUAGGCGUCAUGAAUUGACAACCGUGUUGAUUUUAUUGGAGGAAAUACUUCUGAAUCAUCAAAUCAAUAUGGUGCUCAUAUCUUUUAUAAUCACCCUCAUUGGCCCAGAAACUCGCAAGCGCAAACGAUUAGAUAGGGUUGGAAUUUCUCCUGUGCUCGACACAAUACCUGCUCAUGUUAAGCAUUUAGAUAGACUUGUUCGUGUCACUGAUCGGGCAUGUGUGGAUAACUUACGGAUGGAUAGGAACACAUUUGGGCGUCUUUGUCGUAUUCUGCGUGAUCGUGUAGGCUUGAUAGACCAGAAAUUCGUCACUGUAGAAGAACAAGUUGCUAUGUUUCUGUGUGUUCUUUCCCACCACACAAAAGCUCGGAUAGUUGGAUUCAGAUUCAUGCGGUCAUCACAAACCGUGUCAAAGUACAUACACACUGUGCUACGUGGGCUGCUGACGCUACACAAUCUUUUUUUAGUGAAGCCCACUCCUAUAGAUGAGGCUUGCUCUGACCGGCGUUGGAAUUGGUUUCAGGGAUGUCUUGGCGCAUUAGAUGGAACCUAUAUCAACGUCCGAGUUCCGGUUGCUGACGCACCUCGUUACAGAAAUAGGAAAGGGCAAAUCACGACAAACACACUUGCCGUAUGUGACCCACACCUACGCUUCACUUACAUUCUGCCAGGAUGGGAGGGAUCCGCUGGUGAUUCAAGGAUUUUGCGGGAUGCAGUUAGUAGUCCUAUCGGUCUAAAAGUGCCUAAAGGUUGUUACUACCUCUGCGAUAACGCUUAUGCCAAUGCCGAGGGGUUUAUGACGCCCUAUAAAGGAGUGCGUUAUCAUUUGAAGGAAUGGGGCCCUGGUAGGCAAGCACCUCAAAACCCGGAAGAGCUGUUCAACUUGAGACACACAAAGGCCCGAAAUGUCAUCGAACGAUCGUUUGCGGUGCUGAAAAUGCGAUGGGGCAUACUCCGCUCUGCAAGUUUCUACCCGAUAGAGGUUCAAACGGGUUUGAUCAUAGCAUGCUUCUUACUACACAACUACAUCAGAGGUGAAAUGGUUGUUGAUCCAAUUGAGGCAGAGUUGAGCAAUGAAGCAAAUGAUGAGGAAGAAAUUGAGGCUGAUACGGCUAAUAGUGAACAUAUCAGUAGCGUUGAGCCUUCAACAGCGUGGACCAAGAAACGAGAUGAUCUUGCAAGAGCUAUGUGGGCGGAGAGAACUGCAAUGUAA